AUGGCACAAAGAACUGGGCGUGGCGGGAAUCGCAAUGGCAGCUCUAAUGGCGAGGAUGUCCAGGGUAGUCACAGCCAAGAACCGUAUCCAGGAAAUAAUGUUCAGGAUAUGGGUCACCAGGGGGCUGGUUCAAGCGGGCAUCAACCCUACAUGAUGUUACCAACGGAAUUAGUGACUGCCCUAACUGGAGUAGCCCAAGCAUUACAAGCCCAAUCCCAGUUAGCGCAAUUCCAGGCUGUCCAAACCCAGGGUCAUGGACAAGGGGGAACCCAAUCCUACUAUGAGAAAAUGAAAAGGGUCCAUGUCUCUACCUUUGAUGGAACCCCUAAUCCGGACUUGGCAGAAAAAUGGUUAGAUGAGAUAGAAAAUAAUUUCGCACUUUUACAAGUGCCAGAGGAGAUAAAGCACCUAAUUGUCAAACCCUUUUUGGUAGGAGAGGCAAAUAAGUGGUGGGCAACUCUGGAACCUACCGUUGCCCCACCAGUAAGUUGGACAAAAUUUAAAGAGGAAUUCCUGAAAUACUUUUUCCCACCCGCCGUGAGAAUGCAGAAAAUAGAUCAGUUUGAAAAUUUGAGGCAAACACCGGGUAUGUCUGUGGUACAAUAUUCAAAUAAGUUUAUGGCGCUGGGAAGGUUCGUGCCGUCGACCAUGGCGGAUGUCGAGUUGAAGAAAUAUAAGUUUGUACGGGGGUUAGCAAGUAGAAUUCAAACUAGGGUAAACACCACGUACGCCCCAAUGUUUAAUGACGUACUGGAUGCCAGCGUGAAGGCUGAGGCUGACUGCAAAAGAUUGGACGAAGAGGGUAGGAAUAAAAGGCCUAGACUAGGGAAUGAACUGCUGGGACAUAGAGCUAUGAAUUGUCCAAAUAGGAAGUCGGGAGGAGAUAAGAAUGGCAAGCCCGCCGAUAUGAAGCCAAAGGUUAACGUGAGAGUACAUGCCAUGACCGACGUUGAGGCGGAGGUGUCAGGCGACGUGGUCACAGGUACUCUUCUAAUUAAUUCUACGCCUGCAUAUGUGCUGUUUGAUUGUGGAGCUAGUCACUCUUUUGUUGCUAGGAAAUUUGUUAAAUACUUGUGCAUGCCUCCUGAAUGGAUGGACCACCCCUACCGAGUAGCUGCUCCAGAAAAUAAAAUCUUAGUGUCUCAUACUAGGUAUCCGAACUGUAGUGUGGAAUUGGAGGACAAGAAAUUGGAAGUGGAUCUAGUACAAAUAAACAUGAGUGACUUUGACGUUAUCCUAGGGAUGCAUUGGCUAGCUAGACAUUUUGCACAAAUUGAUUGUAGGAAGAAGAGGGUAUUAUUUAUGAAACCGGAUGAGGAGGAUUUUUCAUACCAAGGAAAUGUUGAUAAUAGGAGGGUUCGUCGGUUACCUCUCCUGUCUGCCAUGCAGGCACAUAGGGCAAUAAGAAAAGGAUGCGAGGCAUAUUUAGCUUACGUUGUAGAUAUGGAGAAGGAAGAGACGUCCUUAGAAAAAAUUCCAAUGGUGAAGGAUUUUUCCGACGUGUUCCCAGAGGACCUUCCUGGCCUACCUCCGGAUAGGGAAAUAGAAUUUGAAAUAAAUGUUAUACCUGAGGCGAAUCCCAUAUCCAAGGCCCCCUAUAGGACGGCACUUGCGGAAUUAAAGGAACUCAAGAAGCAAUUACAAGAAUUGUUGGACAAGAAAUUCAUUAGACCUAGCAUUUCUCCGUGGGGUGCGCCAGUGCUCUUUAUAAAGAAAAAUGAUGGAGUUAAGAUAUUUUCUAAGAUAGAUCUGAGGUCGGGAUAUCAUCAACUGAAGAUUAAGGCCGAAGAUAUCCAGAAAAGUGCAUUUCGCACGAGAUACGAGCACUAUGAGUUUUUGGUCAUGCCCUUUGGAUUAACUAACGCCCUGGCAGCCUUUAUGGAUAUGAUGAAUCGGGUAUUUAAACCACAGUUGGACCGUUUUGUCGUAGUAUUUAUUGAUGAUAUCUUAGUGUACUCUCCAAACGAGAAAACUCAUGCUGCCCAUAGAGAGGUCCUAACGAUAUUAAGAAGAGAGAAAUUGUAUGCUAAAUUUAGUAAAUGUGAAUUUUGGUUGAAGAGUGUGGCAUACUUAGGUCAUGUGAUAUCGGGUCAAGGGGUGUCUGUGGACCCGAAGAAGGUGGAGGCGAUUGUAGACUGGCCACGACCCACUAAUGUAACCGAGGUAAGGAGUUUCUUAGGUUUGGCUGGUUACUGCCGAAAAUUUGUGGAAGGAUUCUCCACUAUUGCUACGCCUCUCACUAGGUUAACUCAAAAGAGAGCAAAGUUUGAAUGGACAGAUAAAUGUGAAUCAAGUUUUCAGAAGUUAAAGGAGACAUUAGUGUCAGCCCCAGUACUUACCCUACCCUCUGGAAUGGAAGGAUUUGUGAUCUAUAGUGAUGCCUCUAAAAAUGGUUUAGGAUGCGUGUUGAUGCAAAAUGGAAAAGUUAUUGCUUAUGCCUCCCGCCAACUAAAAUCUUAUGAACAGAAUUAUCCGACGCAUGAUUUGGAGUUGGCAGCAGUAGUAUUCGCAUUAAAAAUAUGGAGUCAUUACCUGUAUGGUGUACAAUGUGAGGGUGAUGGGAGUUUGUGGAAAGAUGGUAGGUUAUGUGUGCCAAGAGAUGAAGGACUGAAACAGGAAUUGCUGAAGGAGGCACACAAUUCAAGGUUCUCGAUCCAUCCUGGGGGAACCAAAAUGUAUCGGGAUCUGAAGAGGAACUAUUGGUGGAAUGGAAUGAAACGAGAGAUAGCCGAAUAUGUGGCGAAAUGUUUGGUGUGCCCACAGGUAAAGGCUGAGCAUCAAAGGCCUGCCGACUUAUUGCAACCCCUAGAGAUUCCCCAAUGGAAGUGA